UUAGGACGGUGGGUGAGGCGGGGAAAAACCUAUCUUCAUUCCAGCCCGUAGUUGCCGUCAGCUACCUUGCUCUCCCGCGCCACCGGCACCGCACGCACCGCACCAAGAAGAGUUUUGGAGCUUGGCUGAGGCCGCCGCGUCCCUCCCACCCCCCUAAAGGACGCAGGCAGAUCCUCGCCCACGCCCACGUCUCCCAUCCUGCCCUCACCCCUUGCCCUGCCCCUCCUGGUUGUUUCCUGCGCGUCCUUUCCUUAGUGGUGUCAUGAGGGUCGUGGUGGGCGUGGUGGCGGUGGUGGCCCUCGUGGUGGCGGUGGCGGAAGGCGAUUCACUGAUGACGCGCAGCAAGAAGUACAAACUGUGCACGGCCAGGGACAUCAACAUGUUCGUCACGCAGCUGUGUAGCGGCGCUCUCACCCGCAUGCGUGUCGGCCGCCAUAACUCCCAUCCAGCUCCUGGCAUUCUCACCAUAAGGAUUCCUCCUCGGGGCGUGCGGGGUCCUGUUGUGAGUCCUGCAGAGAUUGGAUCCUCGUACGAAUUUCCUUCCUAUCGGGAAAGCCUACUAGACACUCAGAACUAUUCCCCGUCCGAACUUGAUACGGUGGAUGCCCCUUACCUGCGCCCGUCUCGUACUGGGAAAGCCAAAGCUGGAACAACUAUAAGGAAUCCUCUGCUGAGACUGAUCAGCGGAACGAAGGAGAGGGUAGCAGCGCGAUGAUCUGGCUGCGGCGGAAGAGGUUAACGUUUGGUGACAUAAGGCAAAAAUGUUGCACGGACGGCUGUUACGCAUCGGAGCUACAGUCCCUCUGCGCGUAAACCAGAGUCCCGUGCAGUGCAGUGUAGCAUGUACAUGAAAUACAAAAGCAGCAAGCCAUAUUGAAGACUUCUAUCAUUAAAUAUAUAUUUUGUUUCGAGUACGAUCAUACUCAGAAAUGCCCACGAAUCUUACUAUCUUGGCCCGACACAAGCACCACAACAACAUAACACUACCACCAGCACCAUUACCUCACGCCGCGUCGACACAUCACACCCAGGAAUACUCACAUAGACCGCAGCAGUGUCAGGUAAACAGAUCUGCCAGGCUGACGAUACAAGUUUUCCAUUCCAACAGCAACGUGACCGUCAAGGUGUGAGUCAGAACACCCACACGAGCCUCAACACCACACAGCUCGUGCCCAUCGCUCGCUCUCUCUCUCUCUCUUCCUUUAAGUUCACUGAGGCUGUUAAGUGGACGUCUCUAAUUCCAAAUCUCUUCCUUUAUGUUCUUAUCUAUUUGAGUUCCCGGUGACUGGAUGCUGUUUUCUUUCUACAUUCUCGUUCAGGAUCUGUGUGACCUUCCGGCACGCAGUACUCCUUGAUUCCCUGUAUUUUAUUCGGCUUGGAAAUAAAACAAAAAUACA